AUGGGCGGCAAAGGAAAAGGACGUGGCAAGGGCCGCGGCUCCUCAGCUUUCACUCGCAGCCUUGAUAUUCCACCACAAGCCGUGGGAUUGGUCAUCGGUCCUGGCGGUCAAAGCAUCAAGGAACUCCAGGCAAUGGGGGAUAUUGACUACGUGUCGGUGAUUGACGGAGAAGUCCUCAUUGGUGGACGAUUGCCGGAAGCCGUUGACAAGGUCAAGGACCACAUCCAGGCCUUGGUCCACCGAUCGCAGGUCAAGCUCAGGAGAGGGAAGGUGCAGACAUACAUGGAUGCGGACACAGAAUCGGUGUAUUUUUCGGCUUUGCAUCCUCCAAAGAUGCUCGCCAACUUCGAACCUUACCUUGUUCCAGGAAGGAAGUUCAUGCUUCUGAGCCGGGCCAGUGACGACCUAUCGGCUGCACUUGCAGGUCUCCGCGUCUCUCCCCAGAACAUGCCCGAGACCGUGGUCAAGAAAUGGAGCAUGGAACUCUUGGCCGAAUCGUUCCAUGAACUUCUUCUGCACAGCAGAGAGCCACUCAAGGUUGAGAUACGUUUGGGCGUUCUGGCCUUUCACAGUCUGAGUCAUGACGCCAGUAAUACCGCGUCCUUCGCCGACUUUUUGGGCUUCCGUCCGGGCAAGGAUUACAAGACGCAGUUCUGCCCGCAACUCAAGAAAACCAACCUCGAGAGCGUGCUUCUUCAAGAAGGCUACGAGUUCUGUGAAGCUAGCACAUGCACCAAGGUGGGCCUGGUCGACGCAGAAGGCAAGACCAAAAGCAAGGUGACCUUCGUGGACGUAGAUAGUGGCAUAGACCCACGCCACGCAGAAGAGAAACGGAAGGAGUUGGAGCGCAUCCGCAGGUGCAAAACUCCUGCGGAAGUUUUGGGUCUGCCGCCAGGAGCAGCAACGAUUGAGGCGAAGAAGGCCUUUUUCAAAAAGUCGCUGCUCGCACAUCCUGACAAGAAUGUCUUAAAGGUUCUGGUUGCAGCCAGGGAGGCUGCGGAGAAAGGCCGUGCCAAUCAACCCUUUGAGAUCUCAAACUUUGAGAUCGGAGAGCCGCCCAUGGAGCUUCCUCAAAUGCUCAGCUUCACCCAGAAGAACUCGCUCUUUCAGGGGGAUGUCGGGAAGUUGGAUGGAGAACUGGGCUUCCGAACUGACGUUUUCGCGGAGCUUCCUGUGGAUGACCCGAAGGCAGCAGCCUUCUUGGAGUCAGCUUGGAAGUCAGGAGCUAUCAGGGAAGGUGGGCAGUUACGGUCCAACAGAGUCUACAGCAUUGAAUCCGUGCGGAUGAAGACACAAAAGCUCUUCACGAAUGGCCCCACACGCGUGUCACUUGAGGAGGUCAAGCAAAAGUCAAUCGAGACCUGCGGUGACUUCGGAACCUAUCCAGAGAUCACCUUGUCAUCAGCUUUGCUUGAUGAGCUUAUGCCAAGGGUACAGGAUGCGCAAAGCACCGAGGAUGCCCUGCAGUCCUUUCAGGAGCUUGUCUCCAGCGCAGUUGCACUCUGCAAGAGGCUCAGACAUGGACUUCUGGCCAAGGAUGUACAGGACAUGCAACAGGUCAUGUAG